UAUCGAAGGAGUCCAAAUGACGAGAAACCCACGAGGGACGUUAAUUGUGGCCUUGAAGUAGAGUGGAAAGGAGAUGCUUGGCACGAAUGUCACUCCCAUACAUUCGUCAUAGAGACAAGUAGUCAAAAGAAUAUUCUUGACAGCGUCAAUCGUCUGGACAGUAUCGCCUUUCUCACUUGGCUUGGACGAGGAGUAAAAUCGUCAGAGAGAGGGAUCCCCUUUGAAUUGUGGUUGCGUCUGUACUCUCCAAAAUUGCGAGAGAUAUGCAUUGCUCGUGGAGCGCUUCCAUGGGACCUCCUUGAGCAUCAUCUCAUGCCACCUCCUAUGACGUCUUCUUCGAUGAAGGGUAUGAAGAAACUGGAGGAAUUUUUACCAAAAUGGAGUCGAGAUCUUUCUCGUCAUGCAUUAUCCCUCUUCGAUGUUGCGUCAAAUAAGCUUUCGGCACGUCUCUUUCUCAACAUUGCAUACAGGCUUGAAACCACAAUUCUGCGCACUUCAGGCACAAAUAUUAUUGAUGCGAGUGAAAGUAGAGGCAAAGGUGGUCUUUGUCACCCGCGUACAGCACUCCAUCUUGCUCCUUCUACCGCACGUCCUGGCAUUCAUCUUCAUGUGAAUGUACUAGCUGUGUCAGGCCUCAGAGCAGCUGCUUCCAGCCUUGGUGAAUCUGCACGUCUCCAAUUGCGAAUGCAUUGUCUUCUUCUCCUUCCCUUAAAGUGUUCGCGUCAUGCUAAUCCACUUCGUCUUCUGGCUACAACGGUGUCAAAAGCACCACUUACCACUUUCCAUGCAAGUCAAGAAGAACUGAAGAUGCGAUUGGAUGUGUUACUUCCACUGGGAUGGACCUACUCAACAUCUUCUCAUGAUGAAGUGAGCUUCGAUGCAGAGAUAACUUUGCAAGUUCUAUCUUAA